UGAGCAAAAUAAUGUUUAUUAGGUCUUUAUUAUAAAAUGAUUUAAUUUGGUUAGUACAUAUUAUUUUCAUUUAAGCACUUAAUUCGUUUUGCUCUCACAAAAUACGGCUGAUACAUUGGCGUAUGAAACUAUGACGUCAGGCGACCUAAAGGGUUUAAGGCGGCAGCUCCAUUUCACUCUCGAUUGAGGUUCUUCAGCCCUUCCCCCAAUUCUCUGUAGUCGAAAGGCAGAUAUGGCUUCCCUUUGCAGGUCCGCUGUAAUGGCGGGCUCAAGGUCUUUAGCUGCGCGUUCCAGAACAUUAGCUCAGAAGCCCAUCUUCUCGUCCUCUCCUUUCGCUUCUCCUUCCCCGACCCGAGUCGUCCGAAGCGCUUCAAGGGUUGUUUCAGCUAUCGGGAGCGUAGAUUCGUUGUUACCAUUUCAUAGUGCCACUGCAAAUGCGCGGCUUAUAUCCAGCAUUGCUGCUGAUUCCUCUUGCUGGAGCUUACUUUCUGAAGGCCUUGCAACACCUUUAUGACAUCUGUGCUGGAUGAGGAAUGCCAAAAGGAGUUUGCAACACCAUUAUGACCACUUUGGAACUGAUCUCUUAGGAAGGACGAACACUUACUUCAGUUUUUGCUUCUUUUGUAAGUCGUGUUCACUGACCUUUUCUUUUCCAUCUGUACUUGGCUUUGCUACUCCAUCCGGGAUGAGAGCUUCCGUUCCUUUCGGAUGAUCAACGAUUGUUAGUGUGAUUUAUGGAAUCUUGUAAUAAUGGUGUUUCCUUUUCAUUGACUUGUUGAAUGAUGCUUCGACUAGCUAUGCAGUUCCUUAGCUCGAAGCCAUAGCCUCCCUUGGUACCUCUUAAGUGAACUCUUAGGUCCAAAUUCCGAUGAUGAGUUACUUUGUCAAGUUUAGAGUAUAAUCGUCUGUUUUCAUCCCCUAAUUGUCUUGAUGGAGAUAAAUUCUGGAUGCUAGACCACGAAUUGUGUAAAUCUGCAGGUGCCGUGAUUUCUUGUAAUUUGGAAUCUUUGAAUAUGGUUUUCUAGGAUUCAUCCUGCAGUACUUAUUUGUUAAAUGAACUAUACUCUUGGCAUCCUAUAGGGAGUUUGUGCUCAGGAACUAUAUAUGAAGAACGAAUCCAGUGGCACGUCCUUUUUUCUUUUGUUUAGUUUUGGAUAUUGUAAUUCUCUCAAAUGUAGGCAUAUUGAACUUGUGUUGUAUGUGUGCGCUCUUCCUGCAAUAAAGAGUUCUUCUCUUUGAUUCUUGGCUCCGGCUUAGGAUAGGAUGUAACCAAUGCAUUUAGAUCUAAGUGGGCCAAGAAAAUUCAGAUCUAAGGGCUGUCAAUUAAAGAAAUUUUAUUUUUCCUAGUUUUCUUAAUCGACUCUUAUCUUCUUUGUUUUAACUCGGAUUUCAAUUUUUUUUGCACACAUGGACGAGUUCGUUGUGCUCUACAAAAUGAGAUCAAUUUUCACUAUAUUUCGAGAAACUUUUUUUUUACCAACUACAUACCAUAUGGUAACUUCUUCAUUUUUAAGUCGUUUUUGAAAACGUUUGCUUAGAAGGGACGAGUUCAUCAUUAUCUAUUGGAUCUACAAAUUUCUGGAUGAAAAAAAUACUGGACAAAAAAUUAUCAUAAUUUACCACUAUGGUAUGUGGGUGGUAACUUGUGGUAAACAAUGAUGAAAGUCGUAAAUGACAGUUAGUAUACACCUAGUAUCAUGUAUUCAACCUUCUUACCAUAUUGGUAUGUUCAUACCAUCAUGGUACGCUUUUUUACCAUAUGGUAUUAAAUACUAGCAUACCAUAUGGUAAUGACUGGUAAAAAAUUAUUCAAUUUUUUGUACUAAAAAUAUAUCAAAGUGAAUAUCAUUUUAAAGAGCACAUUUAAUUUGAUUUAUCUGUGCAAAAAAAUUAAAUUUUGACUUAAAACGAGAGAGAAAUCGUCCGUUAAAGAUUAAUAGGAAAAAAAAUAAAAGACUUUCCAGGAGAGAGGGUAUGCUGAUGUCAUGCAGAUGUGGACAAGUUACUGAUAGUUACUCACCAUAUGCGUUACUAACCUGAUCCGCUCCCCUUGGCUCUUAGGUAGAUGAGGAACUCAUCUUUUGGAUAGAACCCAACAUUGAGCUUUCAUACUUUGAAUUCUUCUUGUUCUGUCUCUAUCAUGGUUGUCAUGCCGGUGGCAUGCCACCUGGUUGAACCUGGUUCAACUUGUGCCGGUCAUGAAACCGGCAUGACACCACCGGUAUGGCCGGUAUGAUCGACUUACGCAUUCUAAGUAAAAUGACAUCAUUUUAAUGAGUUUAAUGAAUAAAAAAUUAAUUUAUUAGUCAUUUUAUAAAUGUAAUAGUUAAAAGUUGAUGAUAUUUGUUGGAAUAGAACUAAAUUGUCCACAAAUAUGUUUUAUAUAUGAUUAAAUGCAUGAGAUAUUAAUUGUUUUCACAUUUUUUUAAACCGGCAUGAACCGGCACAAACUGGUUAUACCACCGGUCGUACCAUUCCACUUGCCAAACCAACACAACGGUAUAAAUCAGUUUGACAACCUUGAUCUCCAUGUUCUUACUAGCCCUCUGCGGUUUCUUGUGGAACUUUUGUUGUUGGUCAAAGUCGAACUUUCAGUCGCAUGCAAAUUAGAGCAUCUCCAUCUGUCACUUUUUGCAAUUGCAAAGUGAUGUGGUAUGCUCAUUUGGCAUUGCAAAUAUAAUUGCAUUAAUGUAGACCCCAAUUGCAAUUUUGCAAUCUUGCAUAUAAUGAAAUGGAAAAGAAAGCCAAUAUUAGGGGUGGACACGUGAGUGGUUAAUCCGCGGAUUGAUAUCGAUUCACCCGUAAAUAACCCGACCCGCACACAGUGGGUGAUUGAUGUGGGUGGAUUGCGGAUUGGUGAAUCUCUCACUCGCACUUAUGUGGGUGGAUGGUGGGUGGAUUGCGGGUCACCCAUAUGACUCGCAUCCUAUUUUUACACGAAAAAAUGUUGUUUCCUAUAGUAUCGAAUAUUCAUCAUAUUUUUGAACUGCACUACAGUGUGACCAUAUACUUCAAAAGGUGAAGAAUAAAUAUUAGUUUUGACUACUAUUAUUGGUCAUUGUGUUGUGCAAUAUCCAUUAGAUAUUGGAUAUUGGUAUGCAGGUUAUUGUUAAUAAUCAUUAAAUAUUGGGAUGCAAACUAUAAAUUAUUAAUUGUAUCAAAAUCACAAAUUAAUGAUAUAGUCUUAAUAAUUUUGCUUUGAACUUAUUAUAAAUGUAUUUGCACGUAAAAUUAUUUUUGAUGCAAUUAAAUGGCGCAUUAAUGAGUUUCGGCAUUUAAUUCGAUACCGCGGGUAAAAAACGGUGUCGUUUGGCUAAAAACGGCACUGCGACAAGCGGCAUCGCGGAUGAGUUAAAACGGUAACGCAAGGAAGCUCAGCGGUACCGCGACACUGGAAACGACACUGUUUACUGAAAAUAAAAGGGGCCGCGCGUUUUAGUGUAGGUGUCGGGGAAGGAGUUUUUUUGUUUAUAAUUAAUUAUUAUUUUUAUUCCUUGUUGAAAGGGAAAAAUCGGUACCGCAUGGAGAUAAGAGGUAUCGCGGAGAAUUAAAACGGUACCGCGAAUUUAAAAAUGAUGUCGCGGGAGGCCUUGAUAAGCGGUGCCGAUUAAAUAAAAAAUCAUAUCGGGUAAGUGAAGGGCCUAAAUUCCGCCCAGCCCAAUGCGAGUGAAAACUCUCGGCGGUUCAAUGAAUUGGAAUUUUUUGG